AGGAACUCUUCCCUGGAACAGCUGCCUCUCUGGUCUUUUAAUACACUAUUCAGUUUUUGUUGUCAGACAUUGUCUUAACAAUAUUGAUCAGUUUUACAUUUAUCUGAUGCUUUUAUCCAAAGCGACUUACAAUGAUAUAAGAGUACAAGUUGAGCCAUUGAGGGUUAAGGGUCUUGCUCAGAGGCCCAACAGUGGAAACCUGGCAGUGGUGGCGCUUGAACCAGCAACCUUCCGAUUACAAGACCACUGUGCUGUGUAAAGGUGUACAUAUCAAGAUGCAAAGUAUCAACUGAGAAAUAACUUUCAGUCAUGACCACGUAGCGAGUCCACAGGUUUAUCGUACACGGAGCAGGGGUGGUUACAGACGGCGGUUGAGAAGAUUCUCCUGUCUGCCCUCCGUUCUCACGUCGGCUGCGCAUGUCAGGACGCUGCAGCUUCUGCUAUUGCCUUUCCUCUUUCUUUAUUCUAGUCAUCCGAACUUCGAUGGCAUUUUGUUUUCCAUUUUCCUGGGAAUUAAUUAAGUCCUGGAUAAAAGCACAGUGUCUGGUCGUGCUCAGGUCCUCAGGUCUCCGUAGAGAUCGCUCUACUUCGCGUCUGUUUCAUGUAGUAAUCACAAAUGUGUCACACUUGUUAGAUGGGUGUGUGCCUCCAUGUAUCACAGAAAAAAGCGUUUCUUUUUACAUGCAAUAUAGUCUGUGGGUGGAUGAGGAAGUUAAUGGUGCGCUCAGAGUGUUAGUUACGGCAGCACUGCAGCCAGACGCUGGACCGGGACCGUUGGUGAUGGAGACGUGCUGAGGGACCACGUACUGGCUCGGACACGCACACACAAACGUUGUUUUGACCACUGGGCGGACGACUGAGAGCAGGAAGACACCCUGAAGAGGACAGCCUCAGGCCCGGCACAAUGGGCAGCAAGUACCACUGGCAGAGUCAGAAUGUGAAACAGAGCGGCGUGGAUGACAUGGUCCUGCUCUCCAAAAUCACAGAGGAAGCCAUUGUGGAGAACCUGAAAAAGAGAUACAUGGACGACUACAUCUUCACGUACAUCGGGCCUGUGUUGAUAUCCGUGAAUCCGUUCAAACAGAUGCCUUACUUCACAGACCGAGAGAUAGAGCUUUACCAAGGAGCUGCCCAGUACGAGAACCCUCCACACGUCUACGCUUUAACAGACAACAUGUACAGGAACAUGAUGAUUGACAGCGAGAACCAGUGUGUCAUUAUCAGUGGAGAGAGUGGAGCGGGAAAGACAGUGGCUGCUAAAUACAUCAUGGGCUACAUCUCCAAAGUGUCUGGUGGCGGAUCCAAAGUUCAGCAUGUUAAAGACAUUAUCCUGCAGUCUAAUCCUUUGUUGGAGGCCUUUGGCAAUGCUAAGACUGUUCGAAACAACAACUCCAGCCGUUUUGGUAAAUAUUUUGAGAUCCAGUUCAGUAGAGGAGGCGAACCCGACGGAGGCAAAAUCUCCAACUUCCUCCUGGAGAAGUCGCGAGUUGUGAGCCAGAACGAGAAUGAAAGGAACUUCCACAUCUUCUACCAGAUGAUUGAAGGAUCCUCAAACCAACAGAAGGAGGCAUUGGGGAUCAUGACCCCUGACUAUUACAACUACCUGAACCAAUCAGGGACCUAUAAAGUGGAUGGUACCAAUGACAGCAGCGACUUUCAGGAGACGAUGGAAGCCAUGCAAGUCAUUGGGAUCCCAGGUGACUGUCAGACGCAGGUGCUGCAGAUUGUGGCAGGAAUUUUACACCUAGGCAACGUCAGCUUCAUCGAGGCUGGCAACUACGCCCAGGUGGAGAGCACAGACUUGUUGGCGUUUCCUGCCUACCUGUUGGGCAUCAACCAGAACCGGCUCCAGGACAAGCUGACCAGUCGCAAGAUGGACUCCAAAUGGGGCGGCAAGUCCGAGUCCAUCAAUGUGACCCUUAACCAGGAGCAGGCUUGCUACACCCGCGACGCCCUCGCCAAAGCCCUCUAUGCUCGCCUGUUCGACUACCUGGUGGAGGCCAUAAACAAGGCCAUGCAGAAGCCCCUGGAAGAGUUGAGCAUUGGAGUCCUUGAUAUUUAUGGGUUCGAGAUUUUUCAGAGGAAUGGUUUUGAGCAGUUCUGUAUAAACUUUGUGAAUGAGAAACUCCAGCAGAUCUUUAUAGAGCUGACGCUAAAGGCGGAGCAGGAGGAAUAUGUACAGGAAGGAAUCAAGUGGACACCCAUUGAAUACUUCAACAACAAAAUUGUGUGUGAUCUCAUUGAAAAUAAACUGAACCCUCCGGGCAUAAUGAGUGUGCUCGACGACGUGUGUGCCACCAUGCAUGCCAAGGGCGAGGGAGCGGAUAGCACCCUGCUGCAGAAACUACAGGCCGCAGUGGGCACCCAUGAGCACUUCAACAGCUGGAACUCUGGCUUCAUCAUCCACCACUAUGCAGGCAAGGUGUCAUAUGACAUCAGCGGCUUCUGUGAGAGGAACAGAGACGUGCUUUUUCCUGACCUGAUUGAGCUGAUGCAGAGCAGUGAACAAAACUUCAUCAGGAGCCUCUUUCCUGAAAACCUAAACUCUGAUAAGAAAGGGAGACCCUCCACAGCAAGCUCCAAGAUCAAAAGACAAGCUAACGAACUGGUGGACACGCUGAUGAAGUGCACACCUCACUACAUCCGCUGCAUCAAACCCAACGAGACCAAGAGGCCCCGGGACUGGGAGGAGAGCCGGGUGAAACACCAGGUAGAGUACCUGGGCUUGCGUGAGAACAUCAGGGUACGGCGUGCCGGCUUUGCAUACCGCAGAGUUUUCCAGAAGUUUCUGCAGAGGUAUGCCAUCCUGACUCUGGAGACUUUCCCGUGUUGGCGUGGAGGUGAACAGCAGGGGGUGCUGCAUCUCCUGCGCUCCGUGAACAUGGACCCAGACCAGUACCAGAUGGGCCGUACCAAGAUCUUUGUCAAGAACCCGGAGUCGCUCUUCCUCCUGGAGGAGAUGAGAGAGAGGAAGUUUGACACAUUUGCCAGAACCAUCCAGAAAGCCUGGAGGAAGUACAUAGCCAGGAGGAAGUAUGAGCAGAUGAGAGAAGAAGCCUCAGAUAUUCUCUACAACUCCAAGGAGAGGCGUAAAAAUAGCAUCAACAGGAAUUUUGUGGGCGACUACCUGGGCAUGGAAGACAAGCCUGAACUACGGCAGUUCCUGGCUAAGAGAGAACGCAUCGACUUCGCCGACUCUGUUACCAAGUACGACCGCAGGUUUAAGUCUAUUAAGCGGGACCUCAUUCUGACUCCUAAAGGCAUCUACCUGAUUGGUCGAGAAAAGGUGAAGAAAGGCCCAGAGAAGGGUCAGAUCAAGGAAGUGCUGAAAAGGAGGCUGGACAUCGCCAAUGUCCGCUCUGUUUCACUAAGCACGAGGCAAGACGACUUCUUCAUCCUGCACGAGGCCCAGUACGACAGUCUGCUGGAGUCCACCUUCAAGACCGAGUUCCUCAGCCUGCUGUGUAAACGCUAUGAGGAACAGACCAAGAGCAAGAUGCAGUUAGCGUUCAGUGAUAGGCUGGAGUUCCGCUUGAAGAAGGAGGGCUGGGGAGGAGGUGGCACCCGCACACUGGUGUUCCAGAAGGGCCAAGGAAACGUGGCCCAGCUCAAACCUGCAGGGAAAAGUCUCAAUGUCACCAUUGGAGAUGGCCUGCCCAAGACGUCCAAACCAACAAGGAAAAGCCUUCAGCACUCUCAAGGUGGAAGAAGACAAGUGUCCAGUAGAGGUUACCAGAAUGGGGCGGCACAGUUCUCUCGUAGGACUAUAGGAACCAGCCAGCAGGAGGAGGCCUACUCCACCCCAAACAAGUGCAAUCGGCCUCCCAGCUCCGCCCUGCCAAAACUGGGCUCACAGAAGGCCAGACAAGGCCACGCCCCCUCCCGGACGCAGAUGGCCAACCUGGACUUCCUCAACGUGCCUGAUCAGGGCAUGUCUGGCAUGCAACGCAAGAGGAGCAUCAGCCAACGACCUCCGCCCGCCCCCACCAGCCGACCCAAGACCCAGCCCCGCCCCCUGGGCCCCCGCUGCCGGGCGCUGUACCAGUAUGCUGGACAGGACGUGGACGAACUCACUUUUGAUGUCAAUGACGUCAUAGACCUCAUUAAAGAAGAUGUGUCCGGCUGGUGGAUAGGAAGGAUACACGGGAAGGAGGGUUUGUUUCCCGGGAACUACGUAGAGAAAAUCUGAGAAAACCCAUCUCUCUGUUGCACAGUAGAACUCCACAGCACUGAGCACUGAGGUCUCUGACCUUUCACCUCGCUUACGUCGUCGUGCCUUAGAACCUUGUAACUGACGAUAAUAUGGCAAAGAUAUUUGUCAGAGAUGGAGACAAAAUUAUUAAAAAGCAAAGAAAGAAACAGAAAUUGAGGUAUAUGUAGGUUCCAUUUCUAUGACUAUGAAGUGAUUUAAAUGGUGGUCAACUACUUUAAAUGAAAACUUUUAAACAUAACAAUCAGCCCACAGUGGGCUUUUUCUCUACAGAUUUGAAUAAAUCAAGGGAUUGAGAUGUAAGAAUAUAAAAUUAUGCUCUUCGAUGUUUUGAUGGUUUUUCCCAUAAGUAUUAAAGCCAACUAUGGCUGGAGAAGAGUGACACGUGGUCUCAAACCUGAGCGUGCAGACUGUGAAAAUAGUAUGUGCUUCACUACCGUUGAAUAACCACACGAGGGCGGUGUCGUCAAUACAAAGCCCAGUGACUGAUUUUUGCACAAUAAAUCACCAACCACAGUACAAUCAUUAGUGAACGGAUAAUAUUGUAUUCCACUUCGGUGUUUAAGUUAUAUAUUUUUUUAAAGCAAUCAGUUCUUAAAUAUAGAGCAUUUAAUUUUUUUUCCCAUAUUUUGUACUUUCUUUGUGUAUUAAUGCUUUGAUUGUAAUCUUAAAAACCAAUUAAAUCGAUGCAAAUUGUUCUAAUAUUAAAGUUCUUAAGGAUUUACUUUUUU